CGCAGGGCAAGAUGGCGGCGCCCAGACGGCUUCCCCGGGGCUUAGUGGCUGCGGGUCGUCUGUCCUCCCUCGGCAUGUUGCUUCUCCGGGACGGCGGCCGCUGGGCCGCGGCAUCCCUCGGCAGACGCUUGCCUUCGCCUCGCCUCCGCAGCGACAGCGCGGCCCCGUGCCGCGCGCGCUUCGAUGUGGUGGUGAUCGGAGGCGGGCACGCGGGGACCGAGGCGGCCGCCGCCGCCGCGCGCUGUGGCUCGCGGACUCUGCUCCUCACACACCGCGUGGACACGAUCGGUCAGAUGUCCUGUAAUCCUUCCUUUGGUGGCAUCGGAAAGGGGCAUUUGAUGAGGGAAGUAGAUGCCUUGGAUGGCUUGUGUUCUCGGAUCUGUGACCAGUCUGGUAUACAUUACAAAGUAUUAAACCGGCGUAAGGGUCCCGCUGUGUGGGGGCUGAGAGCGCAAAUUGAUCGGAAACUUUAUAAACAGAACAUGCAGAAGGAAAUCCUGAAUACGCCCCUGCUCACUGUUCAGGAGGGAGCUGUAGAAGAUCUAGUUCUUACAGAACCGGAGCCUGGAUACGCUGGGAAGUGCCGGGUCAGGGGUGUUAUUUUGGCAGAUGGAAGCACAAUUUAUGCAGAGAGUGUAAUUCUGACAACUGGGACAUUUCUGAGAGGCAUGAUCGUAAUUGGAUUGGAGAUGCAGCCUGCAGGACGUUUGGGGGAUCAGCCCUCUAUAGGGUUGGCUCAAACUCUGGAGAAGUUGGGGUUUGUGGUAGGAAGACUGAAGACUGGGACCCCACCCCGACUUGCCAAAGAGUCCAUUAAUUUCACCAUUCUAAACAAGCACACACCAGAUAAUCCAUCCGUGCCAUUCAGCUUCCUCAGUGAAACAGUGUGGAUCAAGCCAGAAGAUCAGCUGCCGUGUUACUUGACUCACACCAACCCCAGAGUGGAUGAGAUUGUCCUUGGGAACCUUCACCUGAAUAACCAUGUUAAGGAAACUACAAGAGGACCCCGAUACUGUCCCUCUAUUGAAUCAAAGGUUUUACGUUUUCCAAACCGUGUACAUCAGGUUUGGUUGGAACCGGAAGGAAUGGAUUCUGACCUUAUCUACCCCCAAGGGUUAUCUGUUACCCUACCCGCUGAGUUACAGGAGAAAAUGAUAACAUGCAUCAGAGGCUUGGAGAAAGCCAAAAUGGUUCAUCCAGGCUAUGGUGUUCAGUAUGACUAUCUGGACCCCCGGCAGAUCAGCCCGUCCCUCGAGACGCAUUUGGUUCAAAGGUUGUUCUUUGCGGGACAGAUCAACGGAACCACUGGCUACGAGGAAGCUGCAGCUCAGGGUGUGAUAGCUGGAAUCAACGCCAGUCUUCGGGUCAGUCAAAAACCACCCUUUGUUGUAAGUCGCACAGAAGGCUACAUAGGAGUCUUGAUUGAUGACCUCACUACACUGGGCACCAGCGAACCAUACCGCAUGUUCACUAGCAGGGUAGAGUUCCGCUUGUCACUGCGCCCGGAUAAUGCUGACAUCCGCCUCACAUUCCGAGCUCAUAAGGACGCCGGCUGUGUGUCCCCACAGCGAUAUGAAAGAGCGUCAUGGAUGAAGUCUUCCUUAGAAGAAGGCAUGUCUGUGUUGAAAUCCAUUGAGUUUUCAAGCUCCAAGUGGAAAAAGUUAAUUCCACAAGCUCCUAUAAGUAUUCAUAGAAGCCUUCCUGUCAGUGCCCUAGAUGUUCUUAAGUAUGAAGAAGUUGACAUGGAGUUACUAGCCAAUGCUGUACCUGACCCCUUGAAGAAGUAUACUACUUCUAGAGAUCUGGCUAGAAGACUGAAAAUAGAAGCUACUUAUGAGUCAGUCUUGCUGUAUCAACUACAAGAAAUAAAGGAGGUUCAGCGAGAUGAAGCUUUCCAACUGCCACAAGACCUAGAUUAUCUAACAAUCAGGGAUGUGUCAUUGUCCCAAGAAGUUCGAGAGAAGCUACACUUGAGUCGCCCACAGACAAUUGGGGCCGCUAGUCGUAUCCCUGGAGUGACACCAGCUGCCAUCGUCAAUUUGCUCAGAUUUGUGAAGACCACUCAGCAGAAACAGGCAGCAGUAAAGGAGCACCAAACCAGUUAGUGCUUACGUGGGAUACAAAGAAACUUCGAGAACUGUAACUUCCAUUUCAUAGAGGACUUUAGAAGAAGCUUGGAGAGCAUAAAAGGAGAUAAAAAUAACACCUGUGAGCAUUGUUAGAUUAUUUUAGAUUUGUCCUUGUAAGACAGAGGUUACAGUUGUGCAUUUUUUUAUGUAUCUAGUCAAAAUUGUUAAAGAACAAUGUAUAGUUCUCUCUGAGGCUUUUUACAGUAAGCUUAUUUCUACAGGCCAUAUAGCAUUCAUCAGAUUAAUAAUUAAGUCAAAACUAAGCCUGAAACUGAGGGGUGAUACAGAUUUUAAAUAAUCCAUCUCUUAAUAGGCUGAAGCAGGGCUGGGUAGUGAUGAUGCACACACCUUUAAUCCCAGCACCUGGGAGGCAGAGAGGCAGGUGGAUCUCUUGAAUUUGAGGCCAGCCUGGUCUGAUCAAGUUCCAGGCAGCUAGGGCUUCACAGAGACCCCCAGUCUUGAAAAACCAAAAAAAAAAAAAAAAAAAAGAAAGAAAAAGAGGUUGAAGCAGGAGGAUCAGGAGCUCAAGAUUAAAUUGGCUACACAAUGAGACCUGGUCUCAAGGAAACAAAGACAGCCACUUGCAAAGCCUGUGCUCCUUGGCCUGCCCUCUUCCCCGACACUGGACUGUCUCACUUGUUCUCUGAAGCUCUACCAUUCCUGCCUGCUUUCUUUUAACCAAAUGGUAUUUCUUUCUCUCUCUUCUCCAGCUCCCUCUUGCUGACAGCUGCAGACAUUUACAGCUUGCUUGUCCUGUUUUUCUCAAACUCUAGUAAAAUUGUCCUUAAGCUUUAGAAACAAAGUAUUCAGGGGCAGGAGAGAUGGCCCAGAGGUUUGCUCCUCUUGUAGAGGACCUGAGUUUGACUCCCUAUACCCACAUCAGCCUGAUGCUUGUAACUGCAGUUCAAGGUGUCUAAUGCCCUCUUCUGGCCUCCACUAGUUAGUACCCAGACCUUCUCUGUGCCCCUCCCCAAACAAAAUCUUUGAGGGGAAGCUUGCACUUUUCCAGUCCCAGGCUCUUCAGGAACACAGUUACUGUGUAGACAUUGCCAAGUCUAAGAACCCACAGAUAUAACCAGUCCAGAAACACCAUCAAGAAACCCAAGUAUAAAGAUAAAAUUGCAAGGGGGCUGCUCCAAAUGCCUGAUGGGCAUGUUAGUUUGUCAAGAAGUCUGAGGAUGCUGAAGCCAUCGAGGCCUUUUUAAGAACAGACUCCGGAAGAAGACAGACAAUGUAGUCAGUGAGUGGACAUGCUGAGGGUUAUCAAGGCCCCAGAAGGCCUGUCUGCUAGUGUGGAAAUAGAUGAAUUAAUGUGACAACCCCAUCCCCAUAUUGUGUGCAAGUGGCUAGUAAACAAGAUAGGGAAAAAUUUGAAAAAGAAAAAAAAAGAUCAAUUUGUAGAUUUGCUACUCAAGCCCAUGUGUAAAGUUAAUUUGGAAUACUUUACUCAUAAAAUACACCAAAUCACAGGCUUAACCUUGUCUGCUUACUGUAGGUUAGAAAGCUAGGAUAAGAAAUGAAGACUGAAGCCGGGCGGUGGUGGCGCAUGCCUUUAAUCCCAGCACUCAGGAAGCAGAGUCAGGCAGAUCUCUGUGAGUUCGAGGCUAGCCUGGCCUACAGAGGGAGAUCCACGACAGGCACCAAAACUACACAGAAAAAUCAAAAAGAAAAAUGAAGACUACAAAACCUGCCAGAUCUCUUAAGAAUUUUUCAGCGUGUGUGUUAUUACACUAUUACAUACAUAUAAUCCUAAUACUGGGAAAGGCAGGAGAGGAGAGCAGAUGAAAAAUGAAUCAGCAGUUAAGUGCAGUGGCUGCUUUUUUUUUUUUUUAAGAUUUAUUUAUUAUGUAUACAGUGCUCUGUCUGCAUGUAUCCCUACAGGCCAGAAGAGGGCACCAGAUCUCAUUACAGAUGGUUGUGAGCCACCAUGUGGUUGCUGGGAAUUGAACUCAGGACCUUUGGAAGAGUAAGCAGUGCUCUUAACCUCUGAGCCAUCUCUCCAGCCCCAGUGGCUGCUUCUUCAGAGGACAAGGAAUCAAGUCUCAAUACACACAUGAUGGCUCACAACAGUAUAUAACUCCAGUUCCAGGGGAUCCAACACCUGGCCUUCAUGGCCUUUUGACAGACAGACAAUACAUGUAGGCCAAACACCCAUACAUGUAAUACUUUUUAAUUUUAGCAAUUGAAAGAGGAGGCAGGAAGCUCAGAAAUUCAAAGUCAUCUGUUUAGGCUAGUCUGGGCUACAUCAAGACUCUGCCUCAAGUGUAUGGGUGUAUGAGAGGCUAUAUGUGUAUCCCAUGUAGUUUUGGAAUUAAUUUGUAGGUUAAAAGCUGACUUAGGACAUUUAAAUCUAAUUUGGAAAUUUUCAAUAGUCAUUAGUUUUUGAACAUUAAUGAAAGUGCUAUAAAACACCAAGUUAUUUUGUAAGCUGGUUAAGAGAGGUUAAAGAUGGACAUAUAUCAUACAAUAAAAACGUUUGAUGUAAUUGACCUGGCCAUUAUUUAACAUUAAUAAAGAAAUCCAUCCAUAGUAACUGAA